AAUAAAUGUGGACUUUGGGCCUGGCGUGUGGACUUCAGCCGGCGGGGGGCCACACAAUCAGACCAUCCGGCGGCUCCAGCGCGCUGAUGCGCAGAAGAAGAGGCGCUCAGUGCGUCAGGGUGCGGUGUUUGUGUGCGGACGGAGCGCUAUGUGAAGAUAAGCCGCAGCCCUGCAGGCCAGCUCACCUAUUUCGGAGGAAAACACCUUUAAACAGGUGUGUGGGCUGCUCAGAACUGUACUGUUGGUGAUCAUCUGCAGUGCUUGUUUGUUAAUGUGACGGAAUACGUUAACACAUCCAGCCUCGCUAUGGGUCACGACAGGGGAAAGUAUGAUUUUUACAUCGGUCUCGCGUUGGCCAUCAGCUCCAGCAUCUUCAUCGGAGGCAGUUUUAUCCUCAAGAAGAAGGGACUCUUAAGGCUGGCCAAGAAGGGGUCGAUGCGGGCAGGCCAAGGUGGUCAUGCAUAUCUUAAAGAAUGGUUAUGGUGGGCUGGUUUACUAUCAAUGGGGGCUGGGGAAGCAGCUAACUUUGCAGCUUAUGCUUUUGCUCCUGCUACACUGGUUACUCCUCUGGGGGCCCUCAGUGUGCUGGUCAGUGCCAUCCUGUCGUCAUACUUCCUGACCGAGCGGUUAAACCUGCAUGGGAAGCUUGGCUGUCUGCUCAGCAUUCUGGGCUCCACCACCAUGGUGAUUCAUGCUCCACAAGAGGAGGAGAUCAGCAGUCUUGAGCACAUGGCCAAGAAACUAGUUGACCCAGGUUUUUUGGUCUUUGCCACCACUGUCGUCAUUGUAGCACUCAUAUUCAUAUUUGUUGUGGGUCCUCGCCAUGGCCAGACCAAUAUCCUUGUAUACAUCACUAUCUGCUCAGUGAUUGGAUCGUUGUCCGUGUCCUGUGUCAAAGGAUUGGGAAUUACCAUCAAAGAAGCGAUUAAUGGAAAAAAUGUUGUGGCUAACCCGCUGGCGUGGGUCCUGCUUCUGGGUCUGGUGGCCUGUGUGAGCACUCAGAUUAACUAUUUGAACAAGGCACUGGACAUUUUCAACACAUCACUGGUGACUCCCAUCUACUAUGUGUUCUUCACCACCUCAGUACUCGUCUGCUCCGCCAUCCUCUUUAAGGAGUGGGAGCACAUGGGGCCGGACGAUGUCAUCGGAACACUCAGUGGCUUCCUCACAAUCAUUGUUGGCAUUUUCCUGCUGCACGCCUUCAAAGACGUUAGUGUUAGCUUGGCUACUCUUGCUGUGUCCAUGAGGAAGGAGGACAAGUCCUUUCCCGCAGCCAACGGCGUGGCGACACACAGCAACUAUGAACUCUUGCAUAACGAUUCCACUGAGGACACAGAGGACAGAGAAAUGGGCUUACCGUUUGAUAGUGUUUCUAGAAGAAAUGGGACCGUGACCUCAUAGAACCUUUAAAGAACGUUUUCCACCACUAUGGUGUUUUUAGGAAAGCCAUUAGACAAUCAGCUCUGUGUGGUGGGGGGGUGAGACGGCGAGAGACCGGUGGAUUGUAUUUGUUUUAAUUUGCCUUACCUUUUCUCAGAAUAUGGCAGUCAUAUUCAGUUACCUUUUUUGAAAUUUGGUUUCAGUCAGCUGUAGCACUGUACAUAUUAGUUUUCUAAGAAGUGUUUCAUGUACCUGCUUAUUCAUGCACUGACUUGUUUCUAUCAAUCAAAAGUUUGAUUAUAUUCUCUGUACGUUCCUGCUGAUUUGGCAGCAUUUAUAAAGACAGUCCCUAUGAUUUGUAGCAAUGUGUUUUUAUUUUUUGAAACAGUUGUGUAACAACAGGUUUUCAAAUUGCUGAAACUGUUUGAAAACCGUGUUGUGAACCAUGUCAAGCCCUGAGGUUUUGAACAGUUCAAUCUUGGGCAUUGUUUUAUUGUGAUACUUGAAAGUAUCUUUUUUUUUUUUCUUCUUAGUCUUCUUUUUUUGGGAGGGAGUCAUGGACUUUGUUUUUAUUUCUCCACAGGAAAAUCUCUCCAGGUGAACCAUCAGAUUUACUUAUUUAUUGAAGGAAAAUGAUUUAAGAUAUUUUAAACAAAGGCACAGUGAAUAAAUUAUUAAAAAUGAGGUCUGUCUGAGAGUCACAGUAUAUGUUAAAA